GUGCCAAGGUCUUGUUUGGCGCCGGUGCCAGCUGGUGCAUGCCUCACUCCCGCUUAUCCUUCCACGGCUUCGUCCAGGGCCCUGCCCCUCUAGGAGAUCGCUCCCCUUUCCUGCAGCACCUGGUGACCUGACAGCUGCGAUUCCGAAUCUCUUAUCGGCAUAACUGCUACCCGGCAAAAGCAUCUUGUCAUCAACGGCCUUGCAGAACCACUGCACAGCCCCAGCCAUGGCCGAGCCCGCCGAGCCCAAUCCAAUCGUCUUCUUCGAUGUCACUCUAGGAGGGGAGAAGCUGGGCCGAAUCAAAAUGGAGUUGUUCAAAGACGUGGUACCCAAGACCGCUGAGAACUUUCGCCAAUUCUGCACAGGCGAGACCAAGAACAAUAGAGGGCAGCCACAAGGCUACAAGGGAUGCAAGUUCCACCGUGUGAUCAAGGGCUUCAUGAUCCAGGGCGGAGACUUUGUGAACGGCAAUGGGACCGGCUCAAGAACGAUAUACGGCGUAGACAAGUUCGCGGACGAGAACUUCAUUCUAAAGCAUGACAAGGCCGGACUGCUCUCGAUGGCGAAUUCAGGACCAAAUACUAAUGGCUGCCAAUUCUUCAUCAUCACGGCUCCUAGCGGCACUCCCCACCUGAACGGCAAGCACGUUGUCUUCGGCCGGGUCGUCGAGGGUAUGGACGUCGUAACGAAGAUUGAGAAUACGCGGGUCCUAGCAAACCCAGAGGGCAAGCCCGUGCAGGACGUUGCUAUCGCCCAGUGCGGCGAGAUGUGAGCGUGUGGCUGAAAGAAGCCAACGCUUCGGAGCUGACUGAGGCCACGAACCAGAUCUGUGGAAUUGGAGAAU